CGGCAACAGCUGAGGGACGGACGUGGAAGCGGAGAGAGGGAUGGCGGCGGCGGCCGAGGACGGGCGGCUUGUACCGGGAGACGACGGCAGCAGCUGGGAUAAAGAUCUAGCUGAAGCAUUGGAUGAAGGAGGCUGUGACUUGGAGACACUCAGAAGCAUAAUUCAAGGGCGAUGCAUACCAGCCGACCAAAGGGCCAAAGUGUGGAAGAUUUUGCCACUCAUCUGCAAACUCGGGACAAUUUACAGUGGCCACUUAACCUACCAACUUGCAUGCCUUUGGAAUGUGGGAGGAAACUGGAGCACCUGGAGGAAACCCACACUGUCAUGAGGAAAUAUGCAAACCCCACACAGACAGCACCUGAGAUUUCACUUAAUGUAGCAGGGAAAGUAGGUAGUCUGGGAUCAUGGGAUGGAUCUCUGGAUCUGCCUGAACAAACAUUAAUUCAAGAAGAUUGCCAAAAGCUCAUAGAUCACCUUUCAAUGCCAGAUGAAGAAAAGGCACAGUUACUUUCAGACAUUGAAUCUGUAAUCACAUUUUACUGCAAGUCCAGAAAUGUCAUUUAUACUCAGAGUCUUGGCUGGACUGACUUGCUUAAACCUCUUGUUCCACUCCGAAUGCCACGCAAUGAUUUAUACAAUUGCUUUUAUGCAAUCAUGAAUAAAUACAUACCUAGGGAUUUUCUCCCCAAUGGGAGACCGUUCCAUCUCUUCAGGCUUCUACUGCAGUAUCAUGAACCAGAGCUUUGCUCUUUUCUUGACACGAAGAAGAUUACUCCAGACUCCUAUGCAAUAAGAUGGGGAGCAAGCCUCUUUGCAGGUUGCUGUACUGAAGAUGUUGCCCAACUGAUAUGGGAUGUGUAUCUACAACAAGCAGACCCUUUCCUAAUUUUCUUCCUCAUGUUGGUCAUUCUAGUUAAUGCAAAAGAGAUUAUUUUGUCCCAAGAAGCAGAAUGCAAGGAGGAACUGAUUCGUUCACUUGAAAGUGUUCCAUGCAACCUGGAAACAGAAGAUAUAGAAGAUCUGUAUUCAUUGGCUCUGUACUAUUAUGCCAGAACACCUGCUUCUUUUAGAAAGGAUAACCAAAAUCUAUUUGGAAGUAAUCUGCUGGGCCUGAAGGAUGAUGAGAUGGAUCUAAGCCAGGCUUUAUGCUUGCCUGUAUCGGUAUCAGAAAUACUACAGGCAAAUCAACUGCAAGGGGACGGUGUUCGGUUCUUUGUAGUGGAUUGUCGACCUGCAGAACAAUAUAAUGCUGGGCACCUCUCUACAGCUUUUCACUUGGAUUCAGACCUGAUGCUGCAAAACCCUGCAGAGUUUGCACUUUCAGUUAAAUCUCUUUUGGAAGCACAGAAACAGUCCAUAGAGUCAGGAUCAGUAGCAAGUGGUGAACAUCUCUGCUUUAUGGGAAGUGGCAGAGAAGAGGAAGAUAUGUACAUGAACAUGGUGCUAGCACACUUUCUUCAGAAAAACAAAGAAUAUGUUAGUAUUGCAAGAGGAGGCUUUAUGGCAUUGCAGCAGCACCUUGUAGACAUAAAUGUAGAUGGGCCAGAAAAUGGCUACGGUCACUGGAUUGUUAGUACUUCUGGAUCACGUGGAAGUAUCUCUUCUUCUGCUGAUGGUGAGUCCCCAAAUGGUUCAGGUGAUGGAAGAGGAGUGAAGUCUUUAGUCAACAAAAUGACCUUUGCCCUGAAGUCCAAGUCGGUAAAUGUAAAGGAGAAAGUGAUCAGUUUUAUUGAGAAUACAUCUGCACCAGUUGAAAGAAUGACUUUUCAACUUCCUUGGCCAGAAAAGGUGAACCUAGAUUGGCAUGUAAGCAGCAGUGACAGGGUAGGAAAGCCCUAUCGUGGGGUAAAGCCUGUCUUCAGUAUUGGAGAUGAAGAAGAAUAUGAUACAGAUGAAAUUGAUAGUUCUUCCAUGUCCGAUGAUGAUCGGAAAGAGAUGGUGAAUAUUCAGACAUGGUUGAACAAGCCUGACAUUAAACACCACUUUCCAUGUAAUGAGGUGAAAGAGACAGGACAUAUGUUUCCAAGUCACCUAAUGGUAACAGCAUCGCACAUGUACUGUUUGCGAGAAAUUCCAUCUCGGAAAGGAUUUGCUUACAUCCAAUCACGGCAGGCCUUAACUUCUAUGGUAAAAAUUACAUCCAAGAAAAAGCACCCAGAGCUGAUCACAUUUAAAUUUGGAAAUAGUAAUGUCUCACCAGUAGAGAUUUUGGCUGUAGAAAGGUAUUUAAUACCAAAUGCAGGAGAUGCCACUAAAGCCAUAAAACAGCAGAUUAUGAAAGUCCUUGAUGCACUAGAAAGCUGAUUAACAAGAGACAAGAUGUUGCCUUCCAAAAUUAGAGAGACUGAAACAAAAUGAGUUUAAGACUUACCUUUGGAUGAUUAACUUAACGGUAAUCCUGUUCCUGGCAGUGGAACAUCUGCGGCCUGGCAUAAAAUUGAUACAGAUUUGUGGGUGUUUAAUUAAACUUUUAUGCAGCCUAUACAUGACGAUGUGAACCAUUUUGAGAACUGAGCUCCUAAAAUCUAGAGUUUUAUUGAAGGCAAAGUGUUCAGAUUAUUUGAAUAUUCUUAACUUAUUGUUGGUGUUUUUCCAAACUAUUUGAUUUGAAAAGUCCUUAAUACCUAAUGUUGUUCUGUUCAAUUUCAUAAUCACUGUAUAAAGAUAACAGAUUUUACCUUGGAUGUUUUUGUUUAGGCACCUUAAGUUGUAAAGGAUCUUUUAAUACAGUGCAAAGGGACUAAAAUUAUUUCCACUAGGCUUUCAGCAUGAAUAUGCACAUAUCAGGCAUACUCAGUUCAUGCUUUCACUCAAGUUCUGUUCUCUCUGAAAUUCCUGACACAACCUCUACUUUGUGCCUAUUUCAGUAGUGUAAUCUUCAGUAAACUAAUGUGAACAACUGUUACUGGAUGCCACUUCUGUUUAUAAAAUAGCUGUAAAUAAGCUGGAAAACAUUAAUCUUAAUUUUAGCAGUUGUUUGUCUUUGUCACUGAAAACUCUAUGAGGUGUAAUAUAACUUGGCAUUUACUUGUUAAGGGUAAUGUCAGGAAUUUCUUGUUUACAAAGAAUUGCCAUUUCAGAGUGUUAAACACCAACUUACUGCAGUAUUUACAAUAAAUAUGUUUUGGAUAAGUUAAACAGGAGAUCUGAAGAUUUUUUUUGAGGUUUGUGACUUUAAUCUAUUAGAAUUGAAUAAUAUGGCUGUUUUUCCCCUUUAAAUUGUUCAGCAUCAAAGGCACAGGCUCCAGCCUUUCUGCAUGCCACAAUUAUAAAAAUCCUUUUGUUAUCCAGAGUCUGUAUUUUUAAUAAAAGCAACUUGAUCUUC